GGUGGAAACAUACCCUAGCCAUUGUGUCUGACCAAUCGGCCGCUGUUCGCCUCAUUGACGGCGCUCUGCGCGGACGCAAGCUGACUUGCCGUUUGAUGAGUUGUACUAACGUUUGCACUGUCAAUUCGGUAUCAUCACAGGCUUACAACACCGGCCGCUUCUUCCAGCCAUGUUUCAGAGUCAUAUGAUGCAACUACGUGUACGUGUACAUCACUCAUGCAGCACUUCACUAGUAUAAGGGGGCGGUCAACAUCUACGCCGUAUAAGUAUCAAUUGCUGCUAUCAUAGCCUUUCCUGAUCUCCUUCAACAUCCCUUCGCUCUACCCCACUAUUACGCUGCCGACCUGCACCCGCGUUCGUCUCGUGGCUCACCCACAUCUUCGCCCAGCAUGUGCAAGUACACAAUCACGAUACUCGAAUGCGGUCACAAACAAGAUGAUCAUGCCGACACUUACAACUGCCCCUACUUCGAGAGGACCACCGUCCCCUGUGACCGUGACAACCCCAGGACAAAAGAUCGCUGCAUUGUAAAAACCAGAGACCAGAACGGAAUUUGCAAUAGAUGUCUCCGCGACAACGAAGAAGCCGCCAUACGCCGUGACGAGGAACGAGAAAGAGAAUUCAAACGCCGAGAAAACGAAGAAGCCGCAGAAGCAUUACGCCGUGGAGAGAGAGAACUUCUCGAGAAGAACCGUCGGCAGGCAGAAGAAAGACGACGGGCUCAGCAACAAGCCGAAGAAGAAGCCAGGGACAGAAGCCGCCGGGAAGCGGACCAAAAGCAGCGAGCUGAGGAAGAGGCCAGGGAGAAAAGCCGCAGGGAGGCCGAACAAAGACGUCGGGCGGAACAGAGGGCCGAAGAAGAGGCUACGGAGAAACGCCGCCGCGAAGCAGAACGAAAACGUCGGGCGGAACGGAAAGCCGAAGAAGAAGCUAUGGAGAAACGCCGCCGGGAAGCGGAGCAAAGACGGCGGGACGAGGAAGAAGCUAUGGAGAGAGACCGUAGGGAGGCGGAAGAGAGGCGGCGGCGGGCCGAGAAAGAAGCCGAGGAAGAGGCCAUUGCGAGAAAGCGUAGGGAACACGAGAGAAAGAUGGCUGAAGAAGAACAGGCUUUGCUGAAAAGCCGCAGAGAUCAUGAAAAGAAGAUGGCAGAAGAGAGAGAAGCCUUUGAGAAAAGCCGGAGGGAAUAUGAGAAGAGAAUGGCAGACGAGCAAUUGGAGCGAGAUAUGCAGCUCAUGAUCCAAAAAACCAAGGAAGAAGAAGAAAGGAAGAAGAGGGAGGAGGAGGAGGCGUUGCAGCGAGCUUUGAGGGAGUCUGCAAAAUGGGAGCAGGAAAGGAAGUACCAAGAGGAUCUACUUCGAUCAAGGACUGCCGCACCGCCAUCACCACCCGCCACACCACCUGCGCCCCCAGCCCCAGCCCCCAAACCCGCCGUCAGCAAAUCCGCUCCCCGACCCCCUCCAGCACCCAAGCCCACACCAAAAGAAAUCAACUACUCUCUCCCUGCUGUUGGCGACCAAAAGAUUGGUCGUUUCACAAUGGGCGGGCGCCGUGUGCCUAUCCACGAAUCUCAAGACAUCCCCGACACACCUACAACGUCUGGAAUACCCAUGUCACCCACGAGCCCGGCGCCAUUUGCGCGUCUUGGUGGCGCUAUUGCAGCUUCUGACGUCCCUGUUGUGAGGGAGGUUAGGGGCCAGGUCCCACCUGUGAAACCGGCUGCUAUGGACUCGAGGGCUGGGUUGAGGAGGACGAGCGAGACGAGGAAGGCGCCACCGCCCGUGCCGGAGCGCAUAGGUGUUGAUCCUAAGCUGCAAGCGCUGUUGGAGAAGCGGAGGGCUUGGGAAGCAGAAGAAGAAGAGAAGAAGGACGUCUCGCCACCUCGGUCUCCUUCAGGGCAAGAGCCUACUGCACGAAGGCUGAGUCCGUCUGAAUUUGACACCAAACGUAAGACGGGCUGGAAGAAGGAGGAGGCGUGAGCUUUUCUUGUUUUGCAUUGAAGGUGUCGAUGGCGUAGUGGGCAUAUGACUUCAUUCCUCAUAUGGUAUCUAUCCUAUGUAGCAUCUCGCAAUCCACCACAAUA